GAAACUGGUUCAAAAAUCAGAAUGUCAAUUUAUCCACAUUCACCAUAGUGAAAUAAAUAAAACAGCUUAAAUGGCUUCCAAUUUUGAGACUUCAAUUCAUAGGGGAUCAGAUUUGUUCUUUGACUUUUCUUGUUACACAUGUAAGGGAAAUGAUAAAAACACAGAGGCUGAAUUUUACUGCGAGGACUGUUCCAAGGUUUACUGUGGCGAAUGUUUGGAGUACCAUAACUUUCUUUAUCAGAAGCAUGUAACUUUGGACAAGAAAAACAUCAGUAAGUGGCCAGUUUCCGAUGCAACAUUUGAUGUUCUAGAGCAAUGUCAUGUGCAUAAGGACAGGAAAUUGGAAACAUUCUGUGAGGACCACAGUGAGCUGAUGUGUACUGUCUGUCAUGUCUACAAUCAUAAAAAAUGCAGCCAUUUUGUUCUCAUAGCUGAUAAAGUGAAAAACCUGCACCAAAAAGGGGAUUUUAAGCAGUUGUCAGCAACUCUUGAUACUUUACAAGAACAGUUGAUUCUGAAGAAUGAUAACUUUGAGCAAAGUCUAAAGUCCCUGGAACAAGCCUACAAUACAAUUCUGGAAGAGAUCAAUGCUUUACGCAAGGCAAUAAAUGAUUCUUUGGAUCAAUUGGUGAGGAAUACUAUCAAAGAGUUAGACACACUACUGGCUAAAUUGAGGACAUCUAUUCAAACUGAUAAUGCAAACUGCAAUGAGUCUAUCAAAAAGAUGACAUCUUUUAAAGAAGAUUGGCUAAAUAUUAAAGGCAAAAGUGAUGCAAUCCAAAUGAUUAUGUACAGAAAAUGUUGGGACAUGUCUGUCAAGGCCAAAGCAGUUUUACAAGAAAUGACAGAAGAGAAUGAUAUAACACUGAGCUUUACACCUGAUCCAAUCAUCCUUCAAACCAUGGCCACUAUUUCAGGAUUGGGACAAAUACUCAUCAAAGAUCGCAGAGUAACAAAAGAGACAAAACCUGAAGCAUGUUGCUCAUUAUCCAGCAAAAGUGAUCCUGAAAUUCAAGCUAUUGAAAUCCACAACCAAGACCUGGUUGCCAGUCCAGUAUCAGGAACUCCCAGACAAGCUAAAGUUGCAAACCAAACAAGUGCUCUAAACAAGCUAGAUACAAUUUCCAAUCAAGCAUCGGUACCACCUAAACAAGGUGACAUUACAAACCAAUCAACUGCUGUUAACAAGUCGGACUAUGUGUCCAAUCCAAUUUCCAAUUCAUCUACACAGUCUAACAAUACAAGUGCUUUGAACAAGCCACGCUGGAUGCCUCAUACAGUAACAUCAAGUUCAUCAACCCAGUUGGUCCAAGAAUAUCAAUCAAGUGCACUUGACAAGUCUGAUCCAAACCAAGUCAUUAAAGUUAAGACUAGUAAGAAGUAUAAAGUGUAUAUAGAAAAGGAUGCAUGCGUCUGCUUUAUAUCAGGUAUCUGUGAGAUAGCUACUGGAGAACUCCUGAUCACAGACUUUAACAAUAAAAAAGUUAAGCUGUUGGAUCAGACCAUGAAGGUGGUGGCCCACUGUGACUUGCCUAGUGAACCAGUGUCCAUUUGCAGCAUCAACUCCAAUCUAGUGGCUGUUGCUAUGGGUAUCAAAGAGGUCCACUUCAUUACAGUUACCAAUCUUCAGCUGGUAAAGGACAAGACAAUGAAAUUCCAACAUUUCUGCCAUGGUAUUGCCCACCACCAGGGCAAUCUGUUAAUUACAACUGACACAGCCCUGUACCAAUACUCUGUGGAUGGAAGACAUGUGAGCAAGCUGUAUGAAGACACAAGCGGUGAAAAGACAGUAACCUCCUGUGCCGUGAGUCCAGAUGGAGACAGGAUAAUGAUAUAUGUGACUAACCAGGCCAGCAAACAGCUGGUCACACUGUCGAGGAAUGGCACAGUGAUCUCCAUACUGGCUGACCCUGCACUGAACUGGUUAUACAGAGAUGCUCAACCACGCCUCCAUGUGACAGACUCAGGACAAGUUCUGGUGUGUGGAGGCAUGUCCAACACAAUCAUCCAGGUGGACAAAGAUGGAAGACAGAGACUGGCAGAGGUGGUCACAAGGAAGGAUGGUGUGAUUGCACCAACAUGUGUCUACUACAGUAAACAUACAGGAAUUCUAGUUGUGGGAAUGUGGAAAAAUAAUAACAUUUUGGUGUUAAGCACCCACUGAAUCUUUAAUGUUGAUAUCUAAUCAUUAAAAUAUACAUGGAAUACAUUAAAAACAGGACAUAUUCAAGGAAUGAAAAUAUGUAAAUAGUUCCCAUGAACGAGUAGUCUUUCCAUGACCUUAGCAAUGUGAGUUAAAAUAUGCUCAUAUACUAACUAGUUUAACGGAAACUUCAUUUGCUAGGAUUACAAUAAUAUCUAUAUAAUCUACUAUUAAUUUCUUUGAGAGAAUGAGUUUAUGUGAUACUUGUUAUAAAUGCUUUCAUAUACUAUUAUUUUAUUUCAUACCGUUUUGCAUGAUUGUGUUUGUAAUGUACUGUUAUGAAUAUGUACUUAAUUAGUCAAUGAGUUAUGUAUUGUUUGAACUUUAUGUGAGCAUGAUAAAAUAUAUAAAUUGGUUUCCAAAAAGAAAGAAGAGGGUCAUGGGCUC